UGAUGCACUAUGGGAUGUUGGGUUGUGCUUGGCUCCAAUACAAGAUGGCUGACACUUGUUAGUAGUGUAUUUUCGUUUUAUCGAAUGUGCAUUUUAUAAAAAAAUCAGUGCCUUCAUAUCCACGUAUGGUGCAUGCAUGUUUGCAUAACUAGUAGAGAAGAGGUCUUCAUUUUUUUACGGAAUUGUUUUCUUAUCAUGUAUUAUCAGGAGACAUCAAAAUGUGCCGUGAAAGUGCUAGAGGCAGAAUAAUUACCCGUCACCAGCCAUGUUCAUAUGUGUUCUUUUAUUAUGACAAUUGUGAUAUAAUUCUCGUGGAAUAUAGUGCCAAGGUGAAGUGAUAUCUCGCGUUAUUGCGCUUCUACUUCAUCACUGGUGUUUUGUAGAAGAUUCGUUAAACUACGAAAUAGAUUAAAUGAAAGGUGAUAGAGUCGUGCUGCAGCGGUGGCUGAGGUGAGGGGAGGCCAGGCGGAGAUCGAAGAAGGGAUGAAUGGAACGGCGGCGUUGCGGCGCAGCGUCGGGGGUGGCGGAGGCGCCGCUGGGGGUGGAACCGUUGAACCAGCACCCGUCGCCACCCUCGUCGUCUACAAAGACGAGGCAGGAUACGGGAUGAAAGUCUCAGGCGAUAACCCCGUCUACGUUCAGUCGGUGAAGGAAGGCGGUGCAGCCGCGAGAGCUGGCCUUCACGCGGGCGACAAAAUAAUCAAGGUUAACGGCGUGAAUGUAAUGCAGUCCACGCAUACGGAAGUUGUACAGCUCAUAAAGUCUUCGACGCAGGUGGUACUGACGGUACAGCAGAAGCCAGUUCCAACAAGUAGUGCAGUGACGACGGCCACGGGACUACAGGUUGGCGUUACGGGUGGACAGCAUCAACGGCCGGUCAGUUUAUCAGCCGGCUCGACGAUGGUCUCACCCUCGCAACCAGCGACUUCCUUGCACAGGGCGUCGACUGCACCGGCGUCCGGUACACCCUGUAAUGCACGCAUCACAGGACCUCAACCUGUUGAUUUCGAGAAAAAACGGCAGCUGGAAACUCAGCGCGUUCAUACAUUCCAGCUUAUGUUGGAGAAGGAACAAAGUUACGUUGACAAGCUUCGCAGUGACCUGGCGAAGGCUAGUACUGGCAGCGGUAAUGUCAACGUUGUUGCGUUACAAGCAGAACUGGCAGGCGCCGAAAGGAGGGUGCGCACCCUACAGGAACAACUAACUGCGAUUACUACCAAUGAACAGCUUUGCUCAUUGGUAACAAACACCUCAUGUUCCCCGGGUUAUUAUUCACCCUUGAGUGGUAGCAGUGGUGAUGUACCACCGCCUCUACCAUCUCGUAAAUCCUUGUCCAUGCAAAGCCUGUCUCCGCCACCAUUGCCUCCCAGACCUCCGCCUACUACAAAUACGCACAACGUAGCCCAGUUGGAGCUGGAACGUCAUCUGUUGACUCAUGUAAUGCCCUCAACCACCAGUCAUGGCAUACCUAACUCUCUUUCACAGGGUGCGAAUUUGGGUUCUUCAAAUUCAUUGAAUAAGCACCAACGAACAAAAUCCAGUCCAGAACAACUGGGAACAACAAGUAUUUCUCCAUCAGAAGCUAGUAGACGUUUAAUAGCAUCCGAAUCAAUGAACGAUCUUUCUCCUCCAAGGCAUGUGAGGCAUAGUGACAUUGAUAUAGAUGAAUUACCUCAUAUCACUCCUCCAGGAACUCCACCCCCACCGUAUCCGGUUGCUAGUCCAGGAAAUGAUACUUCUAAUUCUACCAUAAAUGAUACAACAUUAAACGAAAGCAUUCCUGGACUGCCCACGUUGCAACAACCGAUCAUGUCAAUGGAGGAUGACGACAUGAGCGAUCAAGAAGUUGGUCAGUUGGAAGAUCAUGGUCCAUUUAAGUCUUUGUCCCGAUUAUGGGGACACCAUGCGCAUCUUGCUGUAUUUAUUAAUUAUGUUUUAUCAAACAGUGAUCCCUCCAGUCUGUUGUUCUAUUUAGUAACGGAUCUGUACAAAGAAGGCAAUGCUAAAGAAAUGAGAAAGUGGGCAUAUGAGAUUCAUUCUAGUUUUUUAGUACCUGGUGCACCUCUCCGUCUGCAUAAUGUAGACGAAAAUGUUGCACACGAAAUAGAUGAUGUUCUCUUGAAAGAAUCUGAUAAGGAAGAGAUUCUGCGAAAGAUUUUUUGGAAAGCGCGUAUACGCGCGAAAGAAGAACUGAACGAGCAACUUGCAGAUUUUCAACAAAAAAGAAUAGCCGGAUUAGGUACGAUAUUUGGUCCGAGCGAUGUCCAGUUAGAUGAAAGCGCAUCCGACAAGUCACGAGAGACAAAAAUCAUAGAAACGUUCCUCUUACCUAAGAUGGAUCCUUAUUUAGUAGAUAUAGAAAAAGAGAACGUAGAUUUGCGACAAUUCACAACGGCAGCUGGUCUGGCAACAAUUUUAACAAAAAUUUUUCAAGUCCGGCCAGUAUCGCUUGACCGAGUACCUACAUUUGUUGCUAAAGAUAAAUCGAAUCUUAAAGUACGUUUACUCACUGGAAAGACAAGGAAAAUGACAAUCAGGGGUCACCAUUUUGUAGCUCAUCAAUACUUCACUAUUACUAAUUGCAAUCAUUGUCAACUUAUCAUUGGCGGAAUUGGACCUCAAGGAUAUUUAUGUAGCGAUUGUUCUUUAAGUGUUCACCGUCAGUGUGUUCGGGUAGUAGAGGAGAGUUGUCCAGGACCAUUGGUGGUUCGGAAGGAAAGGGAUCGUAUAAGCAAAUUAAUGGAACGUAUCAGACCUGAAAGAAAACCUCCAUCAUCGCAUCAUCACCAUCAUUCUCAAAAUCAUAUGCUUCAUAUUGAUAAAACAAAGAAAAGCGAGGAGGACAGCGGGGCAUUGACUGAUGGAGAAAAUGGAGAGCAUCGCGGGGGCGGCGUAGCCGGAAACGCGCGUACCAGCAGCGAAAGAGGACGCAUUUCCGCUUACAGCGGGGUCUCCGAUCACGCCGAUAAUAUGGACAAUCCUUCCUCGCGGGAAGAUAUUUCUGAAAUGGUGCAGCAAAAUAUUUCCAGUAAGCCAAAGACGUCAAACAUAAACAGGUCUGAAAGUUACAAGGAGCGGAUACAUCACAAGCGACAGCUACGAGAAAAGAGGAAGACCAGUGACCCAAAUCUCUCCAAAACAAAGGCUGGUUUCAGUGACUGCGAACCAGCCGGCACGUUUCCCGGCAACUCGGCUGGCAGUUCGUCGAACAGCAGCCUGUCGACGAGAAGCCUGGACAGUCCGAGUACCAGCCUGGAGCAGGUGCACCCAGCUACGUCAUCGUCGAACACGUCAACCUCGUGGGACAGCGAUGUUGACGUCGAACCGGAUCCUCCUGACUGGAGUCAGGGUGUCGCCGAGGACGUACUCGCUCGGCUCAGCAAUGCUGAAAAGAAACGGCAAGAAGUUAUCAACGAACUCUUCCACACGGAGCGAUCUCACGUGCGGGCGUUAAGAGUGUUGUCGCACGUUUUCCAUAAGCCGCUGCUCGAAUCCCAAGUACUUCCGUUAGACCAAAUCCAAUUACUGUUUUCGAAUUUAGACGAGAUGGUAACGAUCCAUUCGCGGUUCAAUCAAACGAUGAAACGUAAGAAAAAGGAGAAUCCGUGCGUGGGCGAUGUUGGCGAGCUUCUGUUAGAGAUGUUCGACGGGGAUAACGGUGAGUCGUUCGAGAGGGCAGCGUCGACUUACUGCGCGAAACAGCAGGUAGCCCUGGACGCGUUGCGAGAUCGUCGUCGGAAGGAUCCAAAAUUAAAUUCGUUCCUGAACGAGAUCGAAGCUAAUCCGCUCUGCCGAAGGUUGCAGCUGAAAGAUCACAUAUUAACCGGGAUGCUACGAUUGACCAAGUAUCCCCUUCUAUUCGAGAAUCUGGCCAAGUACACGCCGGAGAGUAACGAUAAGGAAAGAACCGCCGUUUUACGUAGCUUAGAACGGAGCAAGGAGAUUCUAAGCCGCGUGAACCAGGCUGUACGGGAGGCGGAGGAUUACCAAAGGUUGGCAGAGAUCCAACGAACCAUCGACAGAACCGCUUUCGAAAAAUUCGAACAUCCGACCGUACAGGAAUUUAAAAAUCUGGACAUAACUAAACGUAAAUUGAUCUACGAGGGUCCGUUGCAAUGGCGCAGAACCGAGCAGAAUCGAGCCAAACCCGUUGACCUGCACGUAAUACUCCUCGACGACACGAUAUUCCUGUUGCAUCGACAAGACGAAAAGUACCUGCUGAAAUUUAUCAACACGAAUCAAGCGAACUCUGUGCUCAGUCCAAUCGUCAAAGUGUCCACCGUUCUCGUCAGGCACAAUGCUGUCGAUAAGAAUUCUCUUUAUCUGGUGAACACCUCUCAGAACGGAGCGCAGAUCUACGAUUUAGUAGCAGCCUCGCCCGCGGAACGGAAAUUAUGGUGUAAGCAUAUAUCCGAGGCAGCUGAAGCGUACAAGGCUCGUGAUAAGCAGGGUAGAAGACCUACUCCUCCAACUGCACUGGCACAGGAACCAGGACCCCCGAUCGAGGACACUUCCUCCACGGAACACGACAUUAUUCCUGAGAAAACGGACCAGCCACCGGAACAGGAAUUAGAAGCGACUGAUUCCACGCCGAAUACAAGCGUUGAACAGGAACCUGAAACACCUAAUACUCCUGCACCUGAGCCUGCCACAACUGAACAAGCAAAGCAGCAACAGCAACCACCACCACUGCCAAAUGAACCUCCUGCAACAGGUAUAGGAGAACCAUUAAGAAUGGUUACUUGUACUCAAGCAUCGUUAAUAGAUCCGCUUGAAGUUCACGUAGAAGUACCACCGGUACAUGUUGCUGAACCAGUGUUUACACCUAUAGAAUGUCUCAGAAGAAAGGAUGAGAUAAUCAAACAGGCUUUAAUUGAGAAACAGUUAUUGGUAGCAGAUAUUUUAAAUAUUCCUAAAGAAGAUUUUGAGCAUGUAGCUGAUAUGGCAUCCGAGCCAUCAAGCAUGGAAAAAGAACCUGCUGAACUAAUACUCGCUGCUAUUAGUCAAGCGAAUCAGUUGGUAGGAAUGUUAAAUUCCGCGUUAAAUGUAAGCGAAACAGAAACUGUUCUUGCCUCGCGUGGAACAUCGGCAUUAACUGCACCAGCUAGUUGCGAAGCGACUGGUUGUCCAUCGCCACGAAUGCAUCUUCAUCCUCAACCAGCAAUAUCAAUUGCUAGUUUACAACCAGUGUGUCAUUCUUUAACAUCUCAAUUGUCACAAUUAUUGGAAAUUGUAAAAGAAAGAGAAGAAGAACGGGAAACGUUGCGGAAAGAAUUACGUAGAAGUAGAGAACGUCUUCAUGCUCUUGAUACAGAUAUCAAACGUCGCGAAUAUUCUGAUACGUGCACUAUAUCGUGUCAAACACAAACGGAAACCGGUGAAAUUUUAAAUAAGGAAAGCAGUAUUGAUGAUGCAACACGUGAAGAAUUUGAAGAUGCACGGGGUGAAUCUGAAACGAUCGAAGAAUCAGAGCGUACAGAACAUGAAAUAGAAACGGAAGUAAUGGGAGAUAGUGUUGGUUGAAGCAACUAAGACAUUGUAUUAGAUAAUGUCGACCAGGUGCAUUUCACGAGCAAGAUCGUUUCUGAAUGCUCAUACUGGAAGAAAUCAAAAUUGUGUAAAAAAAAAACAAACAUGACAAAUGGCGAGUAGCUGUUUAUGAAAUACAAUAAUAUUAGAGACAUAUUUACAGAGUCAUGGGUCAAUGAUUAAUCAUACCUUUGCCAAAGAUUUUAUGUAACUGGAUCUAUAUGACGUUGUUUCAUGUGCGUCACGUUAUGUCAAUGACUGGAAAUUAUACAUGAACGUUUGAUUAAAAAUAGUACGUCGAUGUGGAUUUUAAAGUAAUACUGUGAGAGAAAAAAUUUUUUCAGCAUGCAUUAUUUUAAAUUCUACACAGUAAUACUGCUCUAACAAUAUCUAUUAUUGUAUAAAUGUUGUUACAUCGUAUGUUCUGAACGACGCCGUUUUACACAUAUUUCAUAUGCAAUAUUAAUUUGUACACUCGAAAUUUGUUUCUUGAAAUGCUUUUAGAACAAAAAGGAUGGAAACGUUUCUCUAGAAAUUACUUUGAAAAUACUUAAUUGUUAAUGCAUUUUAUAUUAAAAAGACAAAAAAAAAACAACAUUUACAUAAAUAUGUUAUACACGUUUAGAACAAUUCAGUUGUUCACCUGAAGAAAUAUACACGUUGUGAUUUACAAUGGCGUAUUUGGAACCAACUGUGUUAUUAUAUCAUAGUUUAAUAAUUGUGAAACAUAACAUGCAUUUACACAAAGGUAUAUAAUCCACAAGUGCGUCGAUUUGUAAUGAAUGCAAAGACAUGCAGAAUGAUAAGUUUCGACGCAGCAUUAUUACGUAAAGCGCUUUUACAUACUUUUUUAUAUCCCGUGACCAAAUGUUCAGGAUAUUAAAUCCAGAGGUGGCAAAUGUCGAUUGGUUUUUAAAAUUACUAAACAGCAUACGUCAUUGUGUAAUGCUUUCCUGAUAGUGUGAAGUGUGAAGGUAAAUGCAUACGAAAAAAUAAGUAACAAUUCUAAUAUUUAAUUUAUUUACUGCUGUUAGAUUACAUUUAUUGCUGCCCUUAUGUAUUAAUUUUCUAAUUUAUGUUAAUAUCAAUUUGACAAUUACAGUUAAUAGACAAAAAAUAAAUGGAAAACUAGGAAAUACGUGAAGAUGUUAAUACACUAAGAACAGUUGAGCUAUAUAUCGUAGUAAUACAAAUCAAGCUAAUAAUAAUUUGGAUGUAAUAAAAUUAUUAUAUUAAAAUAUGUAACACCUAAAAGGAUGAAAAACAGUUAAAUGAGUGAAUAUCUGUGUUCAAAUUAAUACGGUGUAUUAUUUCACUAUUCCAUCGUUUAUUUCAUUAACUUUUUGUUUUUCUUUAAACAUUUAAUUGACUGUUUAAAAAUAUACCAAAUACAAAAUUAUUACAAUAAUAUAAGUUCUUUGUGUUCUGUCAUAAGAGUUAAUUGAUUAUAGAGUUACCAAAUUAACUAAUUACGAAAAUAUACACUGAUAUUGCAUGCAGAUUUUUACGAACGGCAUUUGCCUUGAGAAAUAUUUCCUCUUGGUGCUACACUUGCCUAAUCGAACAAUCAAGUUCCUUUUCAAAUAUAAUGGAAUUUAGAAAUAGAAAUAAGAAAAUGGAACAGAAAUUUGUAUACUAUUUAUAGAAUCCUGAACAUAACUGGAAACUUCAAAAUUAUUAAUAUUCGUAGAUAAGGAAAACAAUAACUGAUAUAUAAAGAACAAACGUUGAAAAAUGAAUUUAUAGCGAAUAAAUUACGUACAAUCAUAGGCGAAACAUUGUAAAAACUAUAUUAAACGCAGUUUACUUAAAACUAUUACAACUCCAGUAAUGGAUUUCUUCAAUUAUAGAAUACAGUUGACAUAAAAGAAAUUGUACUACUCUUUGUAACAAAGGACUGAACGUGCAAAAAAGACUUACCUGUUUACAUAAAAUCUUUGCUACUACUAAAUACUAAUAAUUCUUCUACUGAUAAAAUACGAAUUAUUAUAAAUACAUUACUAUGUACAUGUAUAAAGUAUUUAAUAAUAUUAUUAGUUGAUAUUA